AAGACAUCGCGUCUCUCUCGGCAAAAAGGCGCGCAGAUCCACCGCCAUCACUCACCGUCAACCGUGUCCACUUGGUUUUCUGGAAACCACCUCGGCCCUGCGGCAGCUUUGGCUCCAAGAAACCUUCCACAGAUUUUCCAACCUCACGUCUUUUCUUCCGCAGACCAGACCACCAGCCAUUCUCUCUCCCCACUCCCUUCUCUCUCUUCCCCUCCAUUUCGCUCCGCUUCACCCCUCAUCCUUUCUUCCAAUUUCCCCGUUUGCCAGGGCCCCCUCAGUGGCUUUCACGUAAUGGCACCAACCAAAGAUGAAACCGUUGAUAGCCUGAAGAGCAUCAUCCGCGACCUUGAAGCUCGUGUUGUUCAAUUGGAGCAGAAGCUCGUCCAUGGAGAGGGUAGCUCGAAGGUCAAUUCGCUCGCCGAUGGUAUGCGAAUGGUGUUGAUGGGUCCUCCUGGUGCCGGAAAGGGAACACAGGCACCCAAGAUCAAGGAGAAAUACUGCAUAUGCCACCUCGCAACUGGUGAUAUGCUCCGAUCCCAAGUCCAGAAACAGACGGAGUUGGGAAAACAAGCCAAGAAGAUCAUGGAUCAGGGAGGGCUUGUCAGUGAUGACAUUAUGGUGAACAUGAUCAAGCACGAGCUUGAGACAAACCAGGAAUGUCGCAACGGCUUCAUUUUGGAUGGUUUCCCACGCACGGUUAAACAAGCUGAAAAGUUAGACGAGAUGCUUAACGCUCGUCACCAGAAGCUUCAGCACGCUGUCGAGCUCCGGAUCGACGAUGAGCUCCUUGUGUCCAGGAUAACAGGGCGGUUGAUUCACCCCGCUUCCGGCAGAUCCUACCACAAAAUAUUCAACCCUCCAAAGGUCCCAAUGACUGACGACAUCACUGGCGAACCCCUAAUUCAGCGCUCAGACGACAACGUCGAGGCAUUGAAGAAACGCUUAGUUACAUACCAUUCCCAAACCGCCCCUGUCGUCGGCUAUUACAAGUCUACCGGUAUCUGGAAGGGAAUCGAUGCCAGCCAAGAGCCUGGCCAGGUAUGGAAGAGUCUUUUGCAAGUCUUUGAAAAGAAAUGAUCCAGUGGAUUCCUUGACAACGUGGGGUUGUUAACCCAGAUUUAUGACCUUUGUCUUUUUGAUUCCGUGCCCAAUCUCCAGGGACUGAUACCAGAUUCUGUUGGAGGAUUAGAUAUGUCUUCAUGAUUGUUCUUGUGGAAACAUUCUAUUUCUAUGUUUUUGUUGUGUGAUAGGCAAGCAACUUGUAUGCAUAUAGACUCCAAGUUCUGUGAGUUGUGGAUACAAUUACCCGUUUUCUACGCCGGGCAAUCAGUGGCUUCUGGAAAUGUCCAGUUUGGCCAUUUCUUCUCUGUUUCUGGUGUUCCCUAGGCAUUGUUCAGACGAGAUCCAGUAUAGGUAAUACGCAAUUUCGUCGGAAGACUGAAAGAUUACCCGUGUGCCCUAGGAAUUAGCCCCGGUUUUCUAUUCACUGGACGCUCCUUUUACUGCUCACUAUCCCUUUAAGAACCAUGUGCUAGAAGGCUCGGCCUUAAAGGAACACAUGAUCUUUUCCCUGAGCUCUGAGAUAAAUUCUUCUCUUACUGUCAACUUCUCUCACUUGCCAACAACCUUCCUCCUUAUAUCAAGCUUCUCCUUUCCUUCUUGC